AUGGCUCUCCCAAACCUUCCUCUCUUUGAGAAUGCCAUUGGGUUUGCUCAACAUAAUAAUGGACCUGCAAUUGACGACAUUAGAAUAGGAAAGCAAUUUUCCUACUGCGAACUUGUGCAUGCAGUAGCAAGUCUAAGAAGUUCAUUGUUAGACGGCAGAAUGGAUCUUAAUGAAGAGCGUGUGGCAAUUCUCUGCCCGAGUGGGUUCUCGUAUGUUGUCUGUCAAUGGGCAAUAUGGGCAGCCGGUGGUAUUGCGGUACCUCUCUGUACAAGUCACCCACUUCCUGAACAGGUAUACAGCAUGGAAGAGGCACAGACAAGCCGAUUACUCGGGCAUGUUGUUUUUGAAGAGCGUGUCAAUAUGCUGGCAGAAAAGACAGGGCAGCCGUUAAUACUACUCAAAGAUUCUGAUUUUUACUAUGAAGAGUCCAGGGUGCCUGAAAUUUUUAACAUGGAUAAAAAUCGACGUGCACUGAUUAUUUUUACGAGUGGAACUACAGGGAAACCAAAGGCUGCUGUAUCAACACAUGAUACUAUUGAUGCUCAGACUGCAGUUCUAGUAAAAGCAUGGAGAUGGACAGAGAAAGAUAGAAUACACCAUAUUCUUCCCCUCCAUCAUGUGCAUGGUGUCAUAAAUGCACUGACAUGUGCACUAUAUUCUGGUGCGACUGUGGAGAUGCACCAAAAGUUUGAUCCCAAGCAAGUCUGGGAAAGAUGGGCGGAGAGUUUAAGUCCCAAAAAACCUGCACUAACUAUUUUUAUGUCAGUCCCAACCAUUUAUUCCAAGCUCAUUGGAUAUUACAAAACAUUGGGCGAACAAGAACAACAAUCAUAUUCAAAGGCAUGCCAGCAAUUCAGAUUCAUGGUAUCUGGCUCCGCUUCUUUACCUACUCCUUUACGAGAGUCGUGGGAGAGAAUUAGUGGCCAUAUAUUAUUAGAGCGGUAUGGAAUGACAGAAAUUGGUAUGGCACUCAGCCAAGGUUAUGACAUUGAUGAGAGGAUAGAGGGUACAGUUGGAUUUCCUAUGGAAGGAGUUCAAGUUCGUUUGAUGGCCGAAACACCUGAAGGGUCUAAGAUUUUCAAGGACGUGACGGACACUCGGAAUGUACCAGGCAUGAUCCAAAUUAAGGGGCGCAAUGUGUUCAAAGAAUAUUGGGGUCGGCCAGAAGCUACAAAGAAAGAGUUCACAGAAGAUUUAUGGUUUAUAACAGGCGAUUUUGGUAUGCGUACAGGCGAUAAAGGCUACUUUAAAAUAUUAGGAAGAGGAAGUAUUGACAUAAUUAAGUCGGGCGGCGAGAAGGUGUCUGCUCUAGAAAUUGAGCGUGAACUACUAUCCUGUCCUCUAUAUAUAAACGACGUAGCUGUAAUUGGCAUUCCAGAUCCAGAGUGGGGUCAACGUGUUGCUGCUGUAGCUGUAAUGGAGCAAGACCAGGCAAGUACGCUUGAUCUCAAGGUAAUGCGCGACGAGCUAAAGUCACGGCUCGCAGUUUAUAAGGUACCUAGCCAGCUACGCAUUGUUUCAGAAUUACCCAAAAAUGCAAUGGGCAAAGUUAUGAAAAAAAAGUUGGUGAAGUUGUUUGAGUAA